UUCAUCAUGUCUAUGGAUAGUACUGCUGGGAGUGUCAAUGAACCUCCUUCAAACAAUCAAAACAAGGGAUAUCAGAAUGAUACUUUGAAUCCUUAUUUCUUGCAUCUGAAUGAAAAUCCUGGUAAUGUCCUCGUUUACCAAGGUGAUGUUUUUCGUAUUUCAGAUAUUCAAGAAGAGAUUUACACCUUGAAACAAGGUGAUUGCACCAUUUCUGCUUAUUACACAAAGGUGAAAAAAUUGUGGCAAGAAUUGGACAACUUUCGCCCAAUUCCUGAUUCCAAUUGCUUAGAAAAUUGUCAAGCCACUGCCAAGAUGCGUGAAUACAGAGAUGGUGACCAAGUUAUACGUUUUUUUAAAGGGCUCAAUGAGCAAUAUUCAGCUGUAAGAUCUCAAAUCAUGAUGAUGGAGCCAUUACCCAAUAUUGGUAAGGUUUACUCCUUGCUUGUCCAGCAAGAAAGACAGGCAAUCAUUCCUUUGGAUGAAUCCAAGAUCUUGGCAUCCACCACAUCUCAAUAUGCUGGUAGAUCACAAUCCAAUCGUGGUAGAGGAGGUAGAGUCAAUGGUGGAAGAGGUCGUGGUAGGAAUUCAAAUUCAAAAUACGGCACUUACUGUGGCAUGACUAAUCACAUAGUUGAGAAUUGUUUCAAGAACCAUGGAUUUCCACCUCAUAUGCAACACAAUGGAAUGGUGAAUAAUUGUGCUACUACCAAUGAAGAUGACGCUAAAUCAAUAGCCUAUGAUGAUGAAGUAGGAGAUACUGAUUCUGGGAAACUAUUCUUCACACCAGAUCAACACAAGGCCUUGUUAGCACUUUUACAACAUUCUAGCACAUUGCAAUCUCAUAGUGUGAAUCACAUAACCUCACAACCCUCCUCCAGUUCAGGAUACAAACUCAAUGAGGAUGAUUGGUGUCGCUGAAAUGACCUAUGGAUUAUAUGGAAAAACGAAUCGGUGGAAUUCCAAUUUGGAAAUAUAUAUUUUUUUUAUAAGCAAUUUGGAAAUAA